UAUGGCGGCAGGAGAAAUUGUAAUUGAGUCAGUGGUGAACCGCUGGAUUGUGGACUAUCAUGGGUUUAGGGCACUUGAGUUUUUUCGGAGGAACCAAUAUGAUGAGUUCUGUAGCGUUCGGGACAUCCUUCACACGGUGUUGGACCGUCCUGUGCAGAGCACUAAUGCCACUAAAACAAAGAUUCAAGUAUUACAGUUUCUCUCCCGGAUAAAUGACGGUGACAACCUUGAAAAGUCAUUUGAAACGGACGAGUCUGUAAGUCCUCUGGAAUCGGCCUUAAUGAUACUGGAAAACUGGCAGAAAUGCAGUACUCCACAUGAAGGUUUGCCUUUUGAGAAAGUGUGCAGCUCUGUUAAAGAAAUGAUGGUGGGGAUUUUAAUUAGGAAGUGUAAAUUUGACAGAGCAGAAGAAAUGUUGAAAAAACACUUUCCCAAGCCAAUGGUUGGCAAGAAAGCCACAUUCAUGAGUCUCAUCAGACAGAAACAAAACAAACACAGAAUCAUUGAGCAAAUGGAUUUUCAUCAGUUCAAGCUGGAGAUGUUGAGUUUUUGCCAGAAGCUCUGCACAUUUGAUGUCCCCUUUCUUCACAAGGUUGCAAAUGAGGCUUUUAAUAAAAGCCAGCAAAAUGACAGAGCUGCUCCUGAGGAAGAAGAAUCUAGCCAUUCCUCCAGUCCUCAGCCUGUAUCAUGGAAACUUACAGUUAUUCAAAAGAACAGAUUAAAAGCAGCAUAUAAGGCAAUGGUCAAUAGCUCAGAGGAGAAAUCAUUUGCUCAGCUGGAGGAAGAAGUAGAACGAGAAGGGCAGGCAAGAAAAGAAGAUUUCAUGUGCCUCUCGCAUACUCAUAAACAGCUCACCACUCAGGAAAAUGUCACAGAGGAGGAAACGUUACAGAAAGAGUCAGGCAGCCCUAUAGAGGCUUCCCCUGCAGACGAGCCAUCACAAACGGACGCUGACCUUCAAACGCAGGGGGGUACAUUGUCAAACACACCCUCAGUGGCACAACUUGUCAUCCAACCAGAUAGUCAGGUGAGCUUGAAGUGCUCAAUAGCUCCUCGGGAGCUGCAGAUUGAAGUCAGAACAGAAGAGGUAGCAGAGUCGCCAAUAAAAUCCAGCAAACCAGACCUCCAGUGUCCAGUAACCGAGAAUGAGAUCCCCAAACCUACACGGAGGAUUCCAAGACGACUGGACAAAACUCACAGCAGGGCUUCAGCUAGUUGCCCAGAGCUGACAGAAGACAGCGAGGAGGACCAUGAUGCCUCUGUGUCCAAUGAGGAAAACGAGUCCCACAGUACACCUAACAGAAACUCCACAAAGUCAAAAAGGUCUUUGUUAGAUUUUGAAGAAGAUCCAAACGAGGGUAGCUCCACCUUCAGAAGCCCAGUGCAGAAACGUUGCAAACAGCGGGCCACCAAUCCUCUCAGCAAGGAUUCAUGUAAUGCAGAUAACAUCGCCAUCACUGAUUCUUCCUUGGACAGCUCACCCAGUCCGCCUCGCCUUCAUGCCGUCCCUCAAACAAGCUCCACACCUCAAAACGUCUCCACUCAGGACAAAGGCCGUACACUUAAAAAAUGGAACCAGUUAUUCAGGGAGGCCAAGGAAUCGAAGGAAACAUGGAGUGAUAGUGAGUCAAACGACAGCAUCAAGGUCAACAAUGGACUCGAUGAAAGCACAGUGUCAAAUUCAGGUUCAAGAAAGAGGAAAUGGACUAAAACUGAGACAGAGAUGUUGAAAGAGGGGGUCAAAAGAUUUGGAGAAGGCAGCUGGAAAGAGAUACUGUCAGCCUACAAAUUCAAUAACCGGACCAAUGUUAACCUAAAGGACAGAUGGAGAACAAUGAAGAACUCAAACAUGGUUUGAGAGGUUCCAGAAAAUGUGUUUUAUAAUUAACAUAACAUUUAUUAUUGUUAACAGUUACAAUCAUGUUUAUAUGUUCAAACUACAAUAAAUGUUCAGGGUUUAGGUUUUAA